CCAAUCGGAGUGUUUCCCUCUUACUCGUGGAGCAGUGUGGAGAAGAAGAAGGAAAAGGGAGGUGAACGAAGAGAACGGAGAAAAGGAAGAAGAAGGGUUUAGCUCCUGUUCACCACUGAACUAUCACACGGACUGACCGCGUAGAGGCCUUCCAACUGAGCCUCUGGGGGUGAAACGGCGACUCAGAACAGAGGCACACCAAACCAACAGUGACGGGUACAGCAAGGAGGCCAACCGGUACUGCGUCGAAGAACUGCGGCGACCUGCCAGUGUGGGUCGAUAGAUCAGGUCCGACUGCCAACUGCGGGAGUUUUUACAGCACAUCAUGUACGGCCUAAUUCAGGCGUGCCUGCGAUCCUGGGUGAUACAAGAUCUCGGACCCGGCGUCUGGGCCAAAGUUCUAGCCGAGUGUCCAGAUAUAUCAGAAGACGCCGACUUUCUGCACUACAAGAUUUACGCCGACAGCGUCCUGUUCCGUCUCGUGAAGACCGUGUGUGACGUCACAGGUCGGUCAGCGGACGACAUCCUCCACUGCACCGGUCAGCACUUUCUUCCGUUUGCCGUCGAUAUUGGCUUCGGCGACAUUAUGAGGGGCAUCGGCCAGACCUUCGAGGCCUUCCUGCAAAAUAUCGAUUACCUGCACUGGUAUCUGAUGAGCACGGCGUUUUCGGGCAUACAGUCGCCGUCGUUCCGGCCGGAGCUGACCUCUGACCGGGAGGGGGACGCCGUCACACUCAACUACUACUCACGGAGGGACUGCUGCAGCGGUAUUGUCACAGGCCUUCUGACCAUGGUGGCCAGGUGUAUCUUCAACAUCCACAUCGACAUCACCAAGCUGAGCGUGCAGAAGGAGAUGGUGUCCAACCGGCCCAUGGUGCACGUCCGAUUCAGAAUAACACAGCAUCCAAUCGGUCUGCCUCACAUAGGACUGAACUGGAAGAAAAGAUGGAACUUGUCCAAGUUGAACUCCAACCACAAAAACACAGGAAUGUCUGUCGCAGCAAAGCUGUUCGGAAAGAUUCAUCCAUAUCACAUUGUUUUUGAUAGAAGGCUGGUGAUCCUGCAGACGGGGGUCGGCCUGAUGAAGCACGUGCCAGAGACGCAGGCGGACGGAGCGCGGAUCGACACCAUCUUCUCAAUGACCUGGCCAGAGGUGUCACUGACCGUGCAGAAUAUAGAGAGGUUCUCAAACCUGACCUUUCAGUUCGAAUACCGAAAGGCGUCCGAUAAACGCUUCUUCUGUAUGAAAGGUACUGUAGUGGGUAUGACGGCCAGCGCCGAAGCUCACCCUGCCGAGCUGGCGGACGCCCCUCUCUUUCUCUACCUGGGAUCGCCUAUGGCACGCAGUGUGCGAGAUCUGGAGAAAAUGUCGCUAAAAAUCUCUGAUAUCCCCAGUCAUGAUUCGACGAGAGAUCUCAUACUUCUCAAGGACCAACGCAACAUUGAGUUUGACGUGAUGCAACAGCUAGAAAAGACCACCUCUGAACUAGCCGGCACGGCGGCAGCCCUUCAGAAGGAAAUGCGACACACAGAUGAACUUCUUCACUCAAUGAUCCCGCCUCUAGUAGCGGAGAAGUUGAAACGGAACGAGCCAGUGCAGGAGACGUUCGACGAGGUUACAA